AUGGGUCAGUUAACGGGCCUGCUUCAACCACUAUACCGUGGUUGGGCCCUCACCGUGCUUCUCGCUGCUGUCGCCUACUCAUUUAUCCUGUCUCCUUACUACGCUAAGCAGGCGGCAAUGUCCUGCAGCCUUCACGACUUCAAGGAUUUCGUUCUCGUCAGCUCUCGUGUCGUCACACCCAACGGAGUCAUCCCUGCUGCUAUCACUGUCCGCGAUGGCGUCAUCACAGCCGUUCUUGAAGGCACGGCUGCAGAAUCUCGACCGUCCGGCUUACCCGUUCUGGACUAUGGCGAUGCUGUGAUUUCACCUGGCCUAGUCGACGUUCAUGUUCACCUGAACGAGCCUGGUCGGGAGGAGUGGGAGGGCUUUGUUACAGGCACACGAGCCGCUGCUGCUGGUGGUGUGACUGCAUUGGUGGACAUGCCUCUCAAUUCUUACCCCACCACCACCACCAUUGAAGCGUUUGCAAUGAAGUACAAGGCUGCUGAAUCUAAGAUUAUGGUGGACGUUGGGUUCUGGGCUGGCCUGGUGCCAGAGAAUGCCAAUGAUUCUCACCAGCUGCAACGCCUCGUUGACGCUGGCGUGCUCGGAUUCAAGUCGUUCAUGUGCCCAUCAGGCAUCAAUGACUUUCCGCAUACCAACUCCUCCCAUUUUGAGAGCGCUCUCCCCGUUUUGGCGAAAGCUAAGCUACCUCUGUUAAUCCACUCAGAAGUGGUUCUCCCCACACCUGACGCCUCUGCACCUGCCUCUCACCCUAGCAGCGGCAGCGACAGCAGUGAUGAUAGCAGUGAGAGUGUCAGCAGUGGUGAUGCAGAGGAGGGGGCUAUCAUUCGUCCUGUGGUGGAGAGUGAAGGGGGUUUUGAUGAUGGGGCUGGGAGCACGGCAGGGACGGAGCCAGAGAAGAGUGACGGAGACCCACGGGUGUAUGCAACCUACGAGGCUUCCAGACCUCCCAGCAUGGAGCGCGAGGCCAUUGCUCACGUGCUGAGAGUGGCGCAGAAGACAGCAGCUGGGCAGCCGUGGGAGGGUGCAAAGCUGCACAUCGUUCAUCUCGCUGAUGCCCACUCUGUACCCACCAUCCAGGCAGCCAAGGCAGCAGGGGCAGCAGUGACAGUGGAGACAUGUCCGCACUACCUUGCCUUUGCGUCCUCUGACGUGCCACCUGGGGACACUCGCUUCAAGUGUGCCCCUCCCAUCCGCAGCGAUAGCAACCGCCGCAUGCUAUGGGAAGCACUCAUGGAUGGGGGCAUUGACAUGCUGUCCUCGGACCACUCGCCUAGCCAUCCAUCCCUCAAGAACCUGGACACAGGCAACUUCCUCACGGCAUGGGGCGGCAUUGCAGGCCUGCAGCUGAGCCUGCCAGUGACAUGGACGCAUGGCCAGGCAUUCAACAUGUCCCUCAUGCAACUGGCACGCUGGUGGAGCGAGGCACCUGCACAACUUGCAGGGCUCCAGUCAAAGGCGCCAGUGAAACCCGAGAGCGUGAUGAUCGGCGACCGGCAUUUGGUACUAUACGUGUCCAUUCUCAGUAUUAUCACAUCCGCUGUCGUUACAGGAAUCGUGCUUACACUCCCCAUGACGUCAUCCUUCGUCACCCGCGCUAUCCGCGCAUCGACUACGCGGCCGGCGGAAGGAGCGCCGGUGGCGGACUUUGGGGAGGUUGUGCGCGCGGAAGGUCGGAGACAAUGGGGGGAAGUGGAAGCUGACACUCUCGGUGGAAGCAGACCCGCGGGUGCGGAGGCGCAAGACGGGAACACGCAAGGAGAGGGUCAGACGCAGAAUGACCCGGAUUCACGGAGAGAAGAUUACGGUGAAAGGGCCGGAGCGGCGGGAGAGGCGGGAGCGGCGGGGGGAGUGGAGAACGAAGAGGGAGAAGAGGGGGGAGAGGAGGCAGGGAUGAUAGUGGGGGCGGACGCUAGCGAAGAGGACGCCGCGCGCAUGGCGGCGAAUCUUACGGUGUGGGAGGAAGACUCGUGGGAUGGCGUGCAGAUGGUCGUGCAUAUCAAGGAGCACACGCUGCCCGCGUGCCUGCUGGUGCUGUGCCAGGCGCAAGCGUACGCGGCGCUGCAGCGCAUGCAGCUGGGCGUGCUGUGGGACACGCGCCUCUCGCACCUGCUCCCCCGCGUGCACCUGCGCGACCUCUUCCUCCCGCCCGACCUCCCCCUCCGCACGCGCCUGCCCCCCGGAUGGGCGGGCGUACAGGGCGGGAAGGUUGUGGCGGAGCGGGGGGGGAAGAAGGAGGAGUUUCAGUCUCUAAAGGUGCGGUUGCAGUGUGCGGAUCGGGGCCAUCUCCCGCUGCCCUUCCACUCGCCCACCUUCAAUCUGCUCGUCUCUCAGGACGCCGCGCCCUUGCUGGUCAGUGCUCCCUGCUAA